GUGUGUGUGCGUGUGUGUGUGUGUGUGUGUGCGUGUGUGUGUGUGUGCGUGUGUGUGUGUGCGUGUGUGUGCGUGUGUGUUUCAUUUUUGUUUCGCUCUUAUAAUUAUCACUGUUACUAUUAUUCUGGAAAUUCUCUGGUGCUGGAACUAAUUGGAAUUCUCCAGCAUGAAGCAGCUCUUCCCUGUUUGUUUACUGGGUUGCUUGUUCAUAUCAGUUCAGACUCACGGUUUUUAUCUUCUGGGUUAUAAGCCCUGUCAUUCCACUCCUAAUUUUGAAGUUGAAACGGUCAUAUUCUGUUUUUAUUGUAAUUUAAUCACAGAAACGAAUAAAACAUUGUUAUUGAAUCAUUAUUUGAUCUGAAUCGACCAAAAUAUUAUACUGUUGCUCAGCACUGAGCGUUAGUCUUGGUGUACUGCAGCUGCACUCUUAGUUAUGUUACAUAAGGAAGAGAACAUGAGCCCAUCUUUGCCUUUUCUUCUCUUCCUGAACUUGGUUACUCUGCCAAAUUGGUCAGAAAAUCCCUAAUGACAAUAAAAGCCUGGCAGUUACAAAUAGCAGUCCUUUUGUACAGUUUAAAAUGUUGCAAACUGAUUUCAGAUAUGGAAACUUGGAUGGCGUUCUUAUUCCCAGUGUGGCUCCCACUGGAUGCUCAGGAUGGAGUGCUUGCUGACCCCAUGAAGGCAGCUAUUGUGCUGGGUUAAUACUGGAUUUCCGACUAUAGUCUAUCACUCAGUGUGCUGAUCUAAAACAAACCAUCCGGUUUAUCCAGCUAGUCCAAGAUACAUCCACUUAGCAGCAAAGAAAGAGUCAAGUUCAUCCGAGAAGUAACACCAUAUAUCAAGAAACCAUCAUUAGUAUCAGAUCUGCCGUGGGAAGGUGCCUCUCCCCAGUCACCAAGCUUCAGUGGCAGUGAAGACUCUGGCUCUCCAAAGCAUCAGAACACCACCAAGGACAGGAAGGUCAUCCCUCUCAAAAUGUGCUUUGCUGCUAGAAACCUAAGCAUGCCCGAUCUGGAGAACAGAUUGAUAGAGCUACAUUCUCCUGAUAGCAGGAACACCUUGAUCUUACGCUGCAAGGAUACGGCCACAGCACACUCCUGGUUCGUAGCUAUCCACACCAACAUAAUGGCUCUCCUCCCACAGGUACUGGCUGAGCUCAAUGCCAUGCUUGGUGCAACCAGUACAGCGGGAGGCAGCAAGGAAGUCAAGCAUAUUGCCUGGCUGGCAGAGCAGGCAAAACUAGAUGGUGGAAGACAGCAGUGGAGGCCUGUUCUCAUGGCUGUGACUGAGAAGGAUUUGCUACUUUAUGACUGUAUGCCGUGGACAAGAGAUGCCUGGGCAUCGCCGUGUCAUAGCUACCCUCUUGUUGCCACAAGGUUGGUUCAUUCAGGUUCUGGAUGUCGGUCGCCUUCCCUUGGAUCUGACCUUACCUUUGCUACCAGGACGGGCUCUCGGCAGGGCAUUGAGAUGCAUCUCUUCAGGGUUGAAACGCAUCGGGAUUUGUCGACCUGGACCAGAAUACUUGUCCAGGGCUGCCAUGCUGCUGCUGAGCUGAUCAAGGAAGUCUCCCUAGGCUGCACCUUAAGUGGCCAAGAUGUAAGAUUCACUGUCCACUAUGAGCACGGGUUCACGAUCACCAGAGACAAUGGCGGCACCAGCAGCAUAUUGUACCGCUAUCCCUUUGAACGGCUGAAGAUGUCUGCUGAUGAUGGAAUCAGAAAUCUCUACUUGGAUUUUGGUGGUCCUGAGGGAGAACUGACUAUGGAUCUGCAUUCUUGUCCAAAGCCGAUUGUGUUUGUAUUGCACACAUUCUUAUCUGCCAAAGUCACUCGCAUGGGACUGCUUGUGUGAGCAGCAAGAGUGGAGAAAGACUGCCACAAGAAGUAUUUCCACCUCAGAAGAUGACAUAAAGACAAGCAACAACAACGCAGAAGCACAAACUGAAGCCCUUGCUCCCUCCCUCCAUCACAGUGCCUUCCCGAGGACCUGCAGACCACUGCUGGACCACAACAGGGUUUUAGGAAGGGCUGACCUUUCCCACACAGCCUUGGCCAGAAAUUCUAGAACUAUAAUGAGCUCCAAAUCAAAGCUGUCGAUUUAGCGACUUAGUGUCUCUUUUUCAUGAUGUGAUCUCUAAGUAAUUAGGUUUAUUUCCCCUGUUAUGAAGGCUGACUCUUUGGGUCUCUCUUUGGAUGUAGACAAUAGCCAAAAGGGGUUCUCCUUUUCUCUCUGUAGGAAUCAUUUGGGCAUAGCCUUGAGCUUGUCGCUCCCCAGGUGCUAGUGUGUAGCCGCCAUCCCUCAGGCAUAUCCCACACAGGUCAAUUGCACCUCGGUGUUAACGUUUUUUACCUUGGAAAUCCCUGAGCAUCAUCCCCACAGGUUCCUCCACCCACCCUGGCUCUCACUGACCCCACCCUGCCCACCCCUAGCACCAACUCCGCCACCCAUAAGUGCUGCCUUUAGGACUCAAAACUUGCACAGUCCGGUUGCCUUUCCUUCACUCCUCUUUUUUUGUGGUGUCCAAGUUGAAAAGCAAGUUGGACUGCUGCUCUGAAAGGAGUUUUGCUUUCUUCAGUUUAUAUUGAGUUUGUAUUUGGUAGGAGCCAGGGGAGGGUCUACAGUUUAUUUUGAAAGAUCCUCAUUUUAAGCUAAGCCAUUUCUUAUCACUUACCAAGUGUGCCUUUGGUUAGGCUCCGUGGAGCUUCAUUAGUGUCUGGAUGAAGGGGUCCCAUCGAGCUUUCAGGAGUCCUCCUUCAGGUCAGUUCCUUAAAGAUGUCUGUCGGUGGUAAUUUUGUGGGUCAAGAUGCCACAUUGAGUGGCACAAGGCACUUUUGUGGCCCCAAAGUAGUAAGGACAAGUCACCUCCAGCUCCAAUUGAACACUGAGCUGCUUAAUAUAACACACCCUGGAUGGCAGGAUGAUGUCACCUGCAUUUUGUUCAGCAUGGCCAAGUGUCGUCAUGACUCAGUGUGAGCAUGACCCAGAAGAUCAUCCUCAGUUUGUUUCUCCUGGUUUGGAAGGGAGAGAGGUAUAUAAAAAACGUUUGAAACACUCUCUACAUAAAAUAUCAAGAUUAGCACAGCUCCUGAAUCUGAACAAAAAGGAAAUAUCAAUUUUCUACCCUCUGAAAACAUGUCUAGAAACAGCUCGCAUUUUCUAGAUUUCUCUCGAGUGCCACCCAAGGAUAUGACGCUUCAAAUAGGGUAGAGGGCGAAAGGGAAGAAAACACAAGUGUCUGUGUAGAGCCUGAGCCACUUUGAUUGACAGGGUAGCCAGAGGAAAGGGCAGGUGCCAAGCAGAGGUGUCAGCCUGCUGCCCUCUGCUGUCUAUGAGUCAGGCCCCCUGCUCUGCAGUCAGAUUAACAGUUUGCAGAGGCUGGGGAGAAAGUCAUAACCCUGAGAUUGUUUCCAUCCGUGAUACAGCUUCAACUCAAAGGAAAAAGAGAAAUGUCCCAGCUCUGAGUGCAGAAAGCAGAGCUGCAGCAGGUAACCUCAGGCAGAGAGCUCUGGCUCCUGCCUCCCUGAGCUGCAGUUUGCAAGGCUGAGCCACCAGGGGGAUUGACAGGAGGCGCUGCCACCCUGUUCCUCAGGAGAGCUGUAUGUAAGCAGGUAUGAUGGUGGCAGACAGGUAAGGUGUGCACAUGUUCUGGCUGAGGACUGUGGGUUUUUAAUGCUGUCAUUUGAGUCUUGUAAAAUGAGGGCUUAUGGAUGAUUUCUUUGUCAUCAGCAGCCCCAAGCUGCUAAGGUCCUAAGCUGCUUGUUCCAGAAGCUGCAGCAGCCCCCCAGGCAGGUGGUCCAUUAGGAAUUUCUCAAACCACAAGUGGAAUGCUUUUUGCGAGUGUGGGACACCUUGAUACAAACCUAUUAUUAUCAAUUUUGUACUCAAAUGCCAAAAUAUAACAAAAUAUUUUCAAAUGACAACUAAAAAUGGGCAUCUUUGAUAAUCACCUCUUUUAUAGAAUCAGCUGUAUUGUCUUUUCUUUUCCAUCUUGAACAUUAUUGGGGGUGUUGUGGGCUCCUGGUGUCGAGUGGGCAGGAAGUGCAGAGCCCUCCUGGUGAGAUAGAGCAUUUCCUAGGUAUCGCUGCAUCCCAUGCGGUCCCAGGUCACCCCUGGAUGAGAACCUCCUCCCCAUAAGAAAGAGGACUAAAGGAAGCUAAUGUUACCAACAAGCCUUGCCUAGAAAUUAUCAAAUAUUUUAUAUAAAGAAAUGCUUGUGUGUAUAUGCCAUAUUUAUUAAUAAUUAUAACUAAAGUCACCAACUUGUAGACAGUUCUUGGUUCAAUAUUGGGACGUGUAUGGGCAGUCAGAAACGUUACUUUAAAUGCCACCUGCCUAUUUUGAAGCCAUGUUUAGCACUUUUUAGACUAGGGUAAGUCUGAAAGUGCCUGGUGGGAUUUUGUCUUUUGUUUUUGUCUGAGCUCUCAAAGUUUGUUACUGGAAAUGAUUUGCAUGGAAGGACAGAUUGGAUUAUUUAUUUUUCUAUGUAGAACAAUGUCUCUAACCAGCAAAGCUCGCACUGUCACUGGUUUGUCUGUUUUCCUCACUCCUUCACCUGGACAGAACGGUAGCAAAGCUUUGCUCAGCUGAGUAAAGGCACCUAGCUGACAAACCAAGACUGUUCCUUCAAAACAGGAAGCUUAUCACCAGGUGGGGGAAAUGCUAUGUGGAAUCUGAGCACCCACCCCACCCCACCCCAAAAAGACGGGUUUUACUGUGAGUGGUUUUGAUGAACAAAAAUGUGUGGGGAACAUUACUGGUUUCUUCAAAUUUUAAGUCUUCUAGUUUAAUCUAAAUGCAUAUGGAUUUGUUUGUUUUCAAAACCAUGCAAGGAUCUCCCCGUGUUUUAAUGCCUUCAAAGCUGCUAUGCAACUUCCCUUAAAAGCCCUUCCUGCUGAAAGAGGUGAACAAUUGUGAAGUGUUCAGGGAAGAGGGGGACUCCUGCAUUUUCUGUUCUUGAGUAUCUUUUCUUGGACACCUAUCUGGACCGUAUUUUAUUGUUCUCACUGGUUCAGGCUAUUGAUUGUAUACCAUACUUAAAUGUGCAAAUAUUCUGCUUCCGUUCCCACGUGGCUGCUGGCAGCUCUAGGUGCCAAGAAUGAACUGGCUUCUUAGAAUGUUGGGCUCAGUGGUCAAGAGGACUUGCUGCUCUGUCAUGGGCUUGGGGACUGGAGAUCAGAUCUCAGUGUCCCCAGUCUAGUGGCCCAAGAAAGGAAGAGAUGGAGGGAGGGAGGAAAGAAGGAAGGAAGGAAGGGAGGAAGGAAGGAAGGAAGGAAGGAAGGAAGGAAGGAAGGAAAGAAGGAAACUCCGAAUCUCUAAUGAGAGGGUCACACAUACCAAGUCACUUAGUCACUUAGUUCUUUCUUUUUUUUUUUUUUUUUUUUUUUUUUCCCAGAGCUGGGGACCAAACCCAGGGCCUUGUGCUUGCUAGGCAAGAGCUCUACCACUGAGCUAAAUCCCCAGCCCUGUCACUUAGUUCUUAAAAGUACAUUGCUCUGGACAGCCUGUUAAUAUGUAGCACUACAGUGGUAGUCUGAGUUUGCUUUGGAAGCUACUCCAGGUUUGUCAGGCACCAGGACGACACAAGACGCUGUCUCAGAACAACAACAGAAUUGUAGUACUUGGAGCUGCAGGCAAAGCAUCCGAGCUUAGCUGUAUACUCAGCUCAGGCCACUGGCUCACCUCUGAUCCUGUCUCAGGACAGGAGAAAAGUUGAGGUCGUAUAAACUUUAGUUGAAUCCACGCCCUUGUUUUAUUACUUAGUAAUCCAGAAUGGUUUUGACUACAUGCAAUCCUUAGCAGCGGAUACAGUCCACACUGAACCAUCUUUAAGCUGUGACUUUCACAGUCUAGAUAUUCCCCAAGAGUGGAGUGGCUGGUAGAGACCAAGAUUGUGUACGUUCAGACAACAUGAUCGCUCUGCACUGUGGUGAUGGAAGAGGGAUUGAGUCCCUCUAGUAAUUGGCGGCCUAAGCAGCUGCUCUGAAACCUGUUCUCUUCUUUAAAAAUGAGAUGGUGUAGAGAUUGGCUCAGUAGCAGAGCAUGGACAAGGCCCUGGAAUCCUCUGGAACACUGUGUCCAGCUGACCCGUGACACAAGUUUAUCAAAGGUGACAACUCCAGGGGGAGGUUCAGAAAGAACAAAUGCCCACAGGGAGCACAUUAAUUAUUUUAGCUCUUUCCAGCAGUGGCCAAACCAACUAGGUGACUCACAAGAACACUUUCUUCCUUUCUUCUUUUCUAAUCUUAGGCAUUGAAGUUGACCGGGGCCUUGGUCUAAGCAUUCAGUUGGUACCACUGAGCGACAUCUUCCGAAAUCCCUAGCCCCUUUGCUUUCAGAAUAAAACGUUUUGAUUUUCUUCUUGAUUUUUAACAAACUCUCAUAUAACCUAGACUAGCCUCAAAUUGCUGAUCUCCCUGCCUCUAACUGAGCGCUGUGGAUCACAGCUGUGCACAGGCUUUGAAGUGUAAACUUGAACUUAAUUUCCUGCCACCUCUGUUUUUCCAUCCCACUUCAGGUGUCUGGAUCAGAUAAUUUUCUGGGGUUUGUUUUAUGCAUAUGAGCGUUUGCCUGCAUGUGCCCCAUGUACACACCUGGCAUCUGAGGAAGCCAGGAGAGGGCUUCAGAUCCCCUGGAAUGGACGUGAGAGGGUUGUGAGACACAUGUGGGUGCUGGGAACUAAAACCCGGGUCCUCUGCAGAUGCAGACAGUGCUCUUAACCACUGCACCGUCUUUCCGGCCAUGGUGUGUGAAGUACAAUCCCAGCCCUUGGGAGGUCUAUGAGGCCAGGGAGGUGGGGAGUUCAAAGUCAUCCUCAGCUGUGUAGAGAGUUUGAGGUCAGCCUGUGGUCAUGCACGAAACUCUGCUCUAAAAAAAGUUUGUGUGAAUUCAAUAUAAUAUAUAGAUAUGCCUUUUGCAAAUUAUUCUUUGCCCAAUUGGUUAGACACGUAAUUUUAAAUCUACCAUAUUGUGAGACACAUUGGUUUAAGUGUUUAGUCUCAUCAGGAGGCAGAGGCAGAUCUCAAGGUCAGCCUGGUUUACAGGAUGAGUUCUAGGCUAGCCAAGGCUACUCAGUGAGACCCUGUCUUUUUUUUUUUUUUUUUUUUUUUUAAAGCAAGCACCGACAAAAGCUGUGCAGGUAAACCCUGUGAAAGAUAUUCCAUCACUUCCUGUAGGACUGAGAUCCCUGACUAGACUUCUCGCCUCAGCCUUGCACUGACUUCUCCAUUCCAUAGUCACUCGGCCUUGUGGCUCUGUCACCCUUCUGAAGCCACAGAAGACAAAAGGUUCUCUGGGAAUGUAGACUUCCACACUAGUCCGUGGUAUAUCCAUCCCUACGUUUCAUUUAACAAGCAUUGCUGAAUGAUCGCAAAGGAACUUGUAGGGCCUGCAAGAUGUCCCAGCAGGCAAAGGCACGUGCAGCCAGGGUUGACUACCUGAACUCAGCGCCCAGACUCCACAUGGUAGAAGUAGAGAACUGCCACCCAGAAGUUAGCCUCUGAGCACUCCUGCUAGAGCACCCACUCACAGUGAAAUGUAUGCGGCGGGGAGACACUUGUAGAUUCGGUGGCCUUAUACCCUCUAUUGCCCAGUCAACCACAGCCUCUCUUUAUGAACUACUCUGUUUCUCCUUUAUGUGUGUGGUUGCUUUACCUGCAUAUAUGUGAGCUACAUCUGUGCAGAGGCCUGGAACAGGAGUUGGAGGUGGUUAUGGGCUGCCACAUGGGUGCUGGGAGCAGGACAGGUCCUCUGGCAAAGCAGCCUCAGUUCCUGCUCGCUGUGCUGUCUUUCCAGCAUCGGACUUCCCGGGCAAACAACUGUUUAAAGGCCCUGCCCGUGUCAGCUCGGGCAGGUGAGUGUUAAGGAAGCUGGGCUUACCUCAUUUCUCAAUGAAAACUUAGACUUUAGUUUGGGACGGAAAAUAUUGUCGGUCCCUCAAUAAGAUAAAUCACAAAAUGAAAGAUUAAUCUUUAUUGCCAACAGUAGAUUAAUAGCCUUUUUAUUAUUUUAAAUGGGCAGAAAGGUUUAUUUCUGAACAUUACUGACUAUUCAUUUCUGUAUUUACGAUUUAAGCAUCUCUGGAGUUUUUAAGCAUGUUUUGGGCAGUUUUGUUUUUAUUUUUUGUUUUUUGUUUGUUUUUGCUUUUUUUGUCCUUGUUCUUUUGACAGAGUCUCUCUGUGUAACUCUGACUGUUCUGUAACAGAUCUGUAGCCCAGGGUAACCUCAAACUCACAAGAGAUCUACCUGCCUCUGCCUGGCAUCACCACCACUGGCUGCAUCUUGCUUUCUUAAGGUCCUUACACAUUAUAGCUGGAGUUUUUCUCCAUUAAUAAACAACAAUUGCAUUAAAAAUUAGCAAGAGUGCAGGUGUGGAGAGGUGCUCAGUGGUUCGAGCAUUGACUGCUCUUUUAGAGGCUCUGGCUUUAAUUGUCCGCACCCACGUGAUAGCUCACAGCCUUCUCUAAUCGUAGUACUGUGGGAUCCAGUGCCCCUUUCUAGUGUCAGAUGUACAUGUAGACAAAACACCCAUAUACAUACAAUAUAGAAAUAAGUCCUAAAAAUUAGCACAAUUCCGCUUAUUCAAGAACACACUAGGGUCUGGGGAUUUAGCUCAGUGGUAGAGUGCUUACCUAGGAAGCGCAAGGCCCUGGGUUCGGUCCCCAGCUCCGAAAAAAAGAACCAAAAAAAAAAAAAAAAAAAAAAAGAACACACUAACAUUCAAACUCAGUGGAAAAGACCCAGAGAGAGAGAGACGGGUCGGCUGGAUUUUCCUGAAGUGACUGUCCCUGUCACUCCAUGCUGUUUUUUGUUGGCCUGUGAGAUCAGCUUUUCAAACCAUUCCCUGAAAGCACCUCGCUCUCUGUGCUGGGCUUGGCCAGAUUAUGUAGUUGCAUGGCUCCCGCCCCUUGUUUGCAAGUGUGUUGAAGUCACCCGUGAGGACUGGUGACUGUGAACUGUAGGGACUUGAGUGUCUUGCUCUCAAAGCUGCCCUUUACAGUCAGGUGCCGAUGACUGUGUUUUAUCAAAACCAGCAUAUGGUAAUACUGCUGUACAUCGAGUGCGGGGGGCCAAAGACGGGCUUUCCUUCUGUUGAGUCCUGUUAACACGGGUAUUUUUUACAUCUCCUUGUUGGUGUUUUCUGAUUUAGUAGGAUUCUGGAGAGAGGAAAGCUGAGGUCUGUGUGAUCUCAGUAUGGGAUACCAGUGUUACUGUUAGUCUGUCGGCCGAGGUAAGCCUGCAGGCCCCAGUGCCCAAACAACCCUCUUCUUCAUGCCAGAUCUGAAGUCUUACAGAGCAUAACCUACUUUCUUCCUCCUGUGCACACUCUGCUAAUGCCCAUGUACAUGUAUUUGUUCUCUCACUACUCAUUCUUGUUAAGUGUAAAGAUUUAGAAAGCUAGCUUAAGUGAGGCUGCUGAUUAGCCCAGAAGAACGCUUGCCUGAAUACAGGAAGCCCUGAGGUCUAUCCACAGCACCAUAGAAAACCAGAUGUGGCUGGCCACAUCUAUAAACCCAGCACUCAUUUGGAAGGUGGGAGGUGGGAAGAAGCCAUCCACAGUUACAUAGUAAAUAACAAGCCAGCGUAGGCAUUCGAAACUGCCCCUCAAAACAAACAAACACAAAAACCUCAACAACAAAAAUAUCCCAUUUGUACCAACUGAUUGUUUUGGUGUUGUUUUGGGUGUUGCUUUUGUUUUUCUUUUUAUAAUCCUUUAUUUGAAUGAGACCUCUAUACAAGUCUUAUUUAAAAAUUUUCAAGUCUGGGGUUGGGGAUUUAGCUCAGUGGUAGAGCGCUUGCCUAGGAAGCGCAAGGCCCUGGGUUCGGUCCCCAGCUCCGAAAAAAAGAACCAAAAAAAAAAAAUUUUUUUUCAAGUCUUCUGGCUACCAAAUCAAAGACCCAUGACAUAAAACAGAGCAGUCUGUGUUCUUUUUAAAAGGCUUUAUGUGUAUUCUCUCAAUAUAGAUGCUUAGACAACACUUCCCUUGGGUUGCACAUCGACAUAUAACAUUGUAUAUUACAAUGAAAAUUUGUAACUUAAGGGUAUUAUAUAAAUAUAUAUAAGUAUAUAUGCCUUUGUAACCUUUUUAUUGUAAAUAAAAAGUUGCUUUUA